AUGGAUAACCCAUCACUUCCUGCUGCCAUAAUGGGGGCAGCUACAUCUGUUAUUGCUUUGGGUGUUGUUCUUUUGAAAGGACUAAGAUCUAGAAGAGUUAUGCCUAGAGAACCUCAUGAUUGUGUGGGAGCUAUUGAUGGAACUCAUGUUCGUGCAUCUGUUCCAAUUCAAAUACAAGGAAGGUUUCGUGGCCGAAAGGAUGGAACAACACAAAAUGUCCUUGUUGUUGCUACCUUUGACUUAAAAUUCACUUAUGUAUUAGCUGGUUGGGAAGGAAGUGCACAUGAUUCACGUGUCUUAAAUGACGCACUCUCUAGGCCAAGGGGAUUAAAAAUUCCUAAAGGUAAAUAUUAUCUUGGUGAUGCUGGUUAUGGAGUUCGGAAAGGAAUUCUAUCCCCUUAUCGUGGUGUUCGUUACCAUUUGAAAGAGUUUAGUGAUAACCCGCCAAGAAAUGACAAAGAAUUAUUCAAUCUUUGCCAUUCUUCUUUACGCACUAGCAUUGAGCGUUGUUUUGGGGUUUUGAAGAAACGUUUCCACGUGUUAGAUGCAGAACCUUUUUGCUCACUCCCAACACAAGUGGAUGUAGUCUUAGCUUGUUGCAUAAUUCACAAUCAUAUAAUAGGAGUUGACCCUUUAGACUCAAUUAUGAGCAAUGGGCUUCAUGGUAGUCCACUUGCAAAUGAUAGUACAAGUAGAAGAGUCCAACAAUCACAAAGGGAAGCCCAAGAAGAAAAUAGAGAAUGGGUUCAAAAAGGGGAUAAUAUUUGUCAUAAAAUGUGGGAGGAUUAUAAUGCUAUGGAGUGA